AUGUACCAGGUUGUUGCAUUCCUGGCCAUGAUCGUGGGAGCCCACACAGUCAGUUUGCGGAUCCAGAAGGACUGCAGCCACUGGCCCAGCUGCUGCCCCAGCAAAGAACAAGAGCCCUCUGAGGAGUGGGUAAAGUGGAACACUGCGGCUCCACCCGAACCUCUGAGCCACACCCACCCUCCAGAAUCCUGCAGGGCCAGCAAGGAUGGCCCUCUCAACAGCCGGGCCAUCUCUCCCUGGAGCUACGAGUUAGACAGGGACUUGAACCGGGUUCCCCAGGACCUGUACCAUGCUCGAUGCCUGUGCCCACACUGUGUCAGCCUACAGACAGGCUCCCACAUGGACCCACUGGGCAACUCAGUACCACUCUACCACAACCAGACGGUCUUCUACCGGCGGCCAUGCCAUGGCGAGCAAGGUUCCCACCGCGGCUACUGCUUGGAGCGCAGGCUCUACCGGGUCUCCUUGGCUUGUGUGUGUGUGCGACCCCGAGUAAUGGCUUAG